AUGAAAAGUAAGCCAUCACUGCAUGUCAGACAAGAAUCCAAAGUUCAGGAUUCCAAACAUGAAAAGGAAGAAUCAGAAGGUCUAGAUGACAGUAAAAAAACAGAUGCUAAAGUUCAAGAACCUUCAGCAGUAACUGGCAUUGUUUCUGAUGAGAAAAUUGUCCGGGUGACUGGAAAAAGUGGAGCACAACUUAAAUGUUCAGGUCAGCAGACAAGUGAGAGUCUGUUCAAAGACUAUCUAAUAGAAUUAUAUGGUUCAGUUCCUAAACAGAAAAAAAGUCAAACCCCAGAGAGAACUGAGUUUCUGAGGGAACGUCAAGAAUCAAAAGUAACAGCAGAAGCACAGCAGCACAUUGUGCAGGAAUCCAAAAAGAGCAUCCAAGAGGCAGUCUUGCCAGGAUCCAAAAAAGCCAGCCAACAGCUGGAAACCCAAGGUUCUAGAAAGAGUAUUCAAGAAUCAGAAUCAGCCAAGCGGGAAGCACGAGAGCCUCGAAAGAGUCCCCAAGAGCCAGAGAUGACAGGAUCCAGAAAAGCCAGCCAACAGCUAGAAGCCCGAGAGUCUCGGAAGAGUCUCCAGGAGCCAGAGGUGCCAGGAUCCAGAAAAGCCAGUCAACAGCUAGAAGCCCGAGACUCUCGAAAGAGUUUCCAGGAGCCAGAAAUGCCAGGGUCCAGAAAAGCCAGCCAACAACUGGAAGCCCGAGAAUCUCGGAAGAGUCUCCAGGAGACUGUAGUGCCAGGGUCCAGAAAAGCCAGCCAACAGGUGCAAGCCCGAGAGUCUCGAAAGAGUCUCCAAGAGCCAGAGGUGACAGGAUCCAGAAAAGCCAGCCAACAGCUAGAAGCCCGAGAGUCUCGGAAGAGUCUCCAGGAGGCAGAGGUGCCAGAAUCCAGAAAAGCCAGCCAACAGCUGGAAGCCAAAGAAUCUAGAAAGAGUCUCCAAGAGGCAGAGGUGCCAGGGUCCAGAAAAGCCAGCCAACAGCUGGAAGCCCGAGAGUCUCGAAAGAGUCUCCAAGAGGCAGAGGUGCCAGGGUCCAGAAAAGCUAGUCAACAACUGGAAGCCCGAGAGUCUCAAAAGAGUCUCCAAGAGCCAGAGGCUCCAGGUUCCAAAAAAGCCAGCCAACAGCUGGAAGCCAAAGAAUCUAGAAAGAGUCUCCAGGAGGCAGAGGUUCCAGGUUCCAGAAAAGCCAGCCAACAGCUGGAAGCCAAAGAAUCUAGAAAGAGUCUCCAGGAGGCAGAGGUGCCAGGGUCCAGAAAAGCUAGUCAACAACUGGAAGCCCGAGAGUCUCAAAAGAGUCUCCAAGAGCCAGAGGCUCCAGGUUCCAAGAAAGCCAGCCAACAGCUGGAAGCCAAAGAAUCUAGAAAGAGUCUCCAGGAGGCAGAGGUUCCAGGUUUCAGAAAAGCUAGCCAACAGGUGGAAGCCCAAGAGUCUCGAAAGAGUCUCCAGGAGGCAGAGGUGCCAGGGUCCAGAAAAGCCAGCCAACAGGUGGAAGCCCAAGAGUCUCGAAAGAAUCUCCAGGAGGCAGAGGUGCCAGGGUCCAGAAAAGCCAGCCAACAGCUGGAAGCCCGAGAGUCUAGAAAGAGUCUCCAGGAGGCAGAGGUGCCAGGGUCCAGAAAAGCCAGCCAACAACUGGAAGCCCGAGAAUCUCGGAAGAGUCUCCAGGAGCCAGAGGUGCCAGGAUCCAGAAAAGCUAGCCAGCAAAUGAUAGCCCGAGAGUCUAGAAAGAGUCUCCAAGAGCCAGAGAUGACAGGAUCCAGAAAAGCCAGCCAACAGCUAGAAGCCCGAGAGUCUCGGAAGAGUCUCCAGGAGCCAGAGGUGCCAGGAUCCAGAAAAGCCAGUCAACAGCUAGAAGCCCGAGAGUCUCGAAAGAGUCUCCAAGAGCCAAGAAGUCAGGCUUCACAACAGGAAAUCCUUUCUAAACAACAGGCACAGAGCAUCAGAGAUUCUAAAGAAAAAGCGAUCACAGGAGAGACGGUUCUUCCCAAGGGGCCAGAAAAAGAACUGGCAGAAAUAGCUAAGACACAGCUUAUCAGGCAGGAAAGCCAAAAAUCCCAGCAAGGCAGUCAGGAAUUAAAAGGAAAGGAAUCCCAAGAUGACAGACAAAUAAAAGAUUUGAUAGCUGCAGCUGGAAAAGUGGCAGAUAUAACACUACAGACUGACAGCGGUGUGAGCAUUUUCAGACGUAAAGAACUGAUGGACCAAAAUGAACAAACAGGUCUCUCUUCUGGCAGUUCAACAAGCAGCAGAGGAUCUAUGCAAAAAUUUCUACAGGAAAGACCACCAAAAAAAUCCCAGUUCGAAACUCAAAGGGAAGGGCAGGAAUCAAGACGUGGCAGUCAAGAUAUGAAAAGUAAGCCAUCACUGCAUGUCAGACAAGAAUCCAAAGUUCAGGAUUCCAAACAUGAAAAGGAAGAAUCAGAAGUAAGAGGAUCCAGAAAAGCCAGCCAACAGCUAGAAGCCCGAGAGUCUCGGAAGAGUCUCCAAGAGGCAGUCUUGCCAGGAUCCAGAAAAGCCAGUCAACAGCUAGAAGCCCGAGAGUCUCGGAAGAGUCUCCAGGAGCCAGAGAUGACAGGAUCCAGAAAAGCCAGUCAACAGCUAGAAGCCCGAGAGUCUCGAAAGAGUUUCCAGGAGCCAGAGAUGACAGGAUCCAGAAAAGCAAGCCAACAGCUGGAAACCCAAGGUUCUAGAAAGAGUAUUCAAGAAUCAAAAGUAACAGCAGAAGCACAGCAGCACAUUGUGCAGGAAUCCAAAAGAGCAUCCAAGAGGCAGUCUUGCCAGGAUCCAGAAAAGCAAGCCAACAGCUAG